AUGCCAACCAACACUUCCUCCCCUGGCAAGCGCCCCGGCCUGGGCCGCCGCGCCGUGUCUUCACAUGCGGUCGUCACGAGGACUAACGCAAACGCCGGCUCCAACCCCAACGAACUGUCACAAUCUCACUCCUCCAAGACUACCACCAUCCAUCAUAAGCCUCACCGAGCGCAUGUCGUGGGCGGCGGUCACCGCAACCACCAUCGCAACCCCUCUCUCGGAAAGAACCUCAACAAACUCCAGCGCUUCCAACUAGGCCCCGAGACCACAGGCCGACAGCAUCAGCGCAAGAAGUCAGCCCCCGUAACUCCUAUCGGCAGCCCCAAGGGCCAAGCACAUGUACACUGGGCUGGGGCGGUAGACGAACAUCCCAAGGAAUCGAUGAAGAGAAAUUACUCAACGCCCGUACUCCGCCGGAAUAACUCAGCAGCGAUCGUGAAGAAGGCCUUGGUCACCGAGCGGCCACACUCAAGCGCGGGAAAGAAGAAGUCGGUCGGAUUCGAAUUAGGCGACGACGAUGACAACGACGACGCCGAGUGGGAAGACACCACACAAUCACCAGAAAGUACGAGGCGCAACUCCGUCGCCCCCUCCAACCAUAGCGCGGAUAACAAUCAGGUCUUGGUUGACCCUCUCACAUUCGUGAAGCGGCCAUAUCCGCAAAUUUCUCGCGCAACCAGUUUACCUGAUUCGAUCACGAGCAAGCUUGUCCGGGAAGACCCAUACCACGACCCUGAAGAAGAAGACGACGAAGAACACGAGGAGCACGAGGAGGACGACUCCGACGAGACCCAAGGGCCUAGUCAACCGGCCGACCAAGGCGACAUCGCAAACCGCCUCCUGAGCCCUUCACACUCUGCCAAGGCGCCGCCUGCCAUGUCUUCCAUCUCAGCGAUGGCAAAGCCGUCGGAUUCUACCUCCCGCAGCACCUCACUCAACUUGACCGGUGGCCUGGAUGCGGCUCGGCGCAAUUUCUCAACAUCUAAUCUUGGGUUGGCCCAAAUUCCUGGCAGCCAGACUCAAGCUACUUCGUCCUCUAUGGAAGGAGGCGUCUCUAGGUUCAUCAUGAGCAACAAGUCUGGCCUCCAGUCGUCAUCACGAACAGACUCAGACCCGAACACUCCAUCCUCGUUCCUACCUCACUACCAUCCGCAAACACCCCCAUCUCCCAACCGUGCUAAUGGCAAGUCCACCGCGUCACCGGUCCGUCCUCGGGGCGUCGAUCUACCCUCGCGAACACAGCAGAAGCUCUGGCUUCAACGCACUGCCACUCUCAACAACUCUCCACCCGAAUCUCAUGGCGUGUCCGCAACUGUAUCGCCAUCGAAUAUUGAUUCGACGUAUAUUCCAGGCGGACAUUCCCGUGCUGGUUCGGCCUUUGACGGAAGUCGAGGCAUGAAUGGCGGCGGCCGGGCUGGAGUGCCGGGUCACAAUACUGAAGCUCGCCAAAUCCGCAAGGCGUAUGAGAAAACUUCGCUGGAGCUGAUGGUCGCGCGUCGUUUCCAGUCUCCCACGGCCGACAGCUUUCACCGCCUGCGCGCAGUAGCCCGCACACGGUCCGCAGUCAGAACCGAACACGCGUCCGCACUACGCAAGCCAGUCAAAUCUGCCCCGUCUCUGACCCUUCUCCAACAAAAUACUCGACCUACCCGGCUGGGCUCGAGCCCCGAGGCGAAGUCGCAGUUGCCUGAUCCCCACUCCUCGGCCUCUGACGACCCUACAACGCAGAGCGAAUCCACCGAUCCUACCCAGGCAGCGACGUCUUCUCAUCCAUCUCACCGGAUCUUGUCAACCUCCGAUGAGGCUGCACAUGGCCUGACCGGUGAUCAUUCUUCGGAUGACUUCCCCGCUUUGAACGAGACUGACAUGAUGAUUCGGCGGAUGUGGGAGACUCGGGAGGUGGCUACGUCUGGUUAA